GAAGUGGAGCGGAGCAGAGCGGGAUUUCCUUCAGCCUGGGGGCACAGUGUUCAAUGAGCAUCUUCUGGACAUUAACAGAGGUAUCUCGUGCUUAGACCGUUGUGCCUUUUAAAAACUGUCAGUCCCUCCCAGAAUAAAGUUUCCAGAGAAUGAAGAGUUUACUUGUUUUUGAUUUUGAUCACACAAUUGUAGAUGGAAACAGUGACACUUGGGUUGUCAAAUGUAUCCCUGAAAAGAAGCUGCCAGAUUGGCUUCGUGAAACCUAUGAUGGAACACACUGGAAUGAAUACAUGCAAAAGAUCUUUGCCUAUUUUGGAGACCAAGGAAUCAAGGAAUCUGAAAUGAAAAAUGUUAUGCAAUCAAUGCCAUAUACUAAAGGGAUGGUUGACCUCCUGAAGUUCAUUUGCCAAAAGAAGGAUCAAGUUGACUGCAUUAUAAUUUCUGAUUCUAAUACAUGUUUCAUCAAUUGGAUUUUAGAAGUAACAAAUAGCAGCUCAGUAUUUAAUAGUAUUAUUACAAAUCCAGCAAAUUUUGAACAAAAUCAUCUGGUAAUUAAGGGCUUUCAUUCUCACAGCUGUCCAAAUUGCCCUGAUAAUCUUUGCAAAAAAAAAGCAUUGGAUGAUUUUAUUGCUAAUCAACUUAAAGCAGGGGUACAGUAUCAAAGAAUCAUUUAUACUGGUGAUGGUGCAAAUGACUUGUGCCCAAUUAAAGGUUUGAAAGAAUGUGAUGUUGCAAUGGUAAGAAAAGGAUACAAGUUAGAAAAACUGAUUCAUGAAUUGCUUGAUGGAGACUCAGGUUCAAUGCUGCCAUCAAUUGUGAUAUGGUUGUCAGGUGAAGAAAUCCUGUCUUAUUUGAGAAAAUGUUUGAAAACUUAAGAAAGUCUCUGAUUUAUUUAGAAACCUGAGCAAACAAAAAGCCUACAAUUUAAUUUAAUUUGAUUAUACUUCAUAAGUAUAAAAUUCAUAAACAUUGCUAAAAAUGUCAAAGUCAAAUCUUUUAAUCUUGCAUUUUUCAGGGCAUCAACUCCUGAUGAGGGCAAGGCAAAAAGGUUUGACUCCUUAUCUUCUUUCAGCAAUCUUUAAAUUCUGUACUAUCACACAAUUGUCAUUCAUAAUUUUAAAAAAUCAGCAGAUUACAACACAUUUCUUGGGCACUCUAACUUCAGCAAACUAUCAAUAAUGACAGUGUGAUUUGACAGUUUUUCCACCCAUUGUACCUUUGUACCCUGACACUAAGAUCUGACUUUUAUGUUCUUAAGUCACUAAAAAGAAAUUGCCAAGUUGCUCUUUAAAUCUAAUGACAUUUCCCCUAGUUAUUCUGGAAUAGUGUUUAAAUUAAGUGCACCAUGUACAAUGGGAUUAUACUUAUUACAUUAGGGUUAAUCUUGCAGGUGGAGUGUAAUACAUUACUCAGGGCUGAAU